AUGCCCAUCCUCGGCCGGGCUGUCAUCCUCACGUCGACAUCAUCCCUCCCUAUCAUUGUUAUUCGGCCGCAAAUAAAUUGCCGCUCGCUAUCUACCACCGCCUCGUUCUCCCUAUCCCAGAACUCCAACUCCAACUCCCACUUUCACCGCUCCGACUUCCAAGGGAAUGGGUACUCCACCAUCUAUGAGCCCGGACAACCAACAAAGGGACCUCUGGCCCAGUCAUCACGCUAUGGGGUACUGCGGCUCACUCCAUUGCUCCUGAAAGAGCAUCUUGAUAAGUUUGUUGUUGGGCAAGACAAGGCGAAGAAAGUCACCAGUGUGGCAAUCUACAGCCAUUACCAACGCAUCCGCGAGAUCCGGCGGCAAGAAUUAGAGGAGCAGGAACGGCGGGCUCAGAAAGCAAGACAGGAAUGGAGAGAGCGAGAACCGAUUUCCCAUCCAGUUGAAAAUGAAUAUCCUGGCCAUCCUGAGACUGUUAAUCUCAAUGCCAGCCAAAAACCAGAGGCAGAGAUUGGGACCAGGCCGUUGGAAGACCUCAAUACUACCAUCAUAGAGAAAUCAAAUCUCCUGCUUCUUGGCCCUUCAGGCGUAGGAAAGACAUAUAUCCUCCAAACGCUUGCUCGGGUCCUCGAAGUUCCCUUUGCUACUGUAGACUGCUCGUCUCUUACGCAAGCGGGGUAUAUUGGAACGGACAUUGAGUCAUCGAUCGAGCGGCUCCUCCUUGCGUCUUCCCACUCAAUCUCAAAAUGUGAGGCGGGCAUCAUAUUCUUCGACGAGGUUGACAAGCUAGCUAAACCAGCCGUCAUGACCCACGGCCGUGAUGUCUCAGGAGAGGGCGUUCAGCAGGGCCUUCUCAAGAUGAUAGAAGGCACUACCGUGACAGUAAAUGCCAAACCAGACCGCAAUUCCAAGACAGAAAAUGCGUCGGGCUUUCGAGGAGGAUCAGAAAGGGUAGAGCGUGGAGGAGCGCAAGGAAUGACAGGUAAUCAAACCGGGAAAAGCGAACAAUACACCAUCGACACCUCUAACAUCCUAUUCGUCUUCGCCGGUGCCUUCGUCGGUCUUGAGAAGAUAAUCAGUAAACGCCUAUCCUCGGGCUCAUCCAUCGGCUUCGGUGCUCAACUACGUAGCACAGAACCACCUCCCGUCUCUAAACCAUCACACGGCACCCAAAAACACCACUUCCCCCAACCUCCACCACCAAACACUCUUGCCCACGUAACAACGGCAGAUCUCCAGGCCUACGGCCUGAUCCCCGAACUUCUCGGCCGCAUCCCGAUAACCGUCUCCCUAGCGCCCCUCUCUCUCCCCCAAUUAGUAUCCAUCCUCACGGAACCGCGCAACUCUCUCGUGAAGCAAUACACAGCACUCUUCAAUACGUUUGGCGUGCAAUUACGCUUCACGACCGCGGCUUUACAUGCUAUUGCCUCAAAAGCCCUCGGAGUCGCCGCAAACAACAACAACGAUGGCACUAAAUCCCCUUCGGAAACUGCAGCAGCAGGAGGAGGAAUCGGCGCCCGCGGCCUACGCUCGAUCCUCGAGUCAGUGCUGCAGGAAACCAUGUUCUGGGCUCCCGGAUCUAGCAUCCGUUUCUGCCUCAUCGACGAGCAUUUCGUAGAGUCCCAUUACUCCUCCCCCUCUCGAGGCCAUGAUUCUGGCGUUGACGAGGAAGGGGGAGAUAAGGAUAAAGCCAAAAUGCCACGCUGUUGGUCUAGAGGCCAGAGCCAGCUUUUCGAGGAGGCGUAUGAGAAGGAGGAGUUGGACUGGGAUGCUAGAGUAAACGGUGGUCCUGUGACCCAUGGGGGGUUUGAGCAGUUCAGGGAGGUAGGGAGUUCGGGGAUGUAG